UGACACCUUUUGUUGAAUCUCAUGACAGCUGAACCCGGAAGUGGGAGGGUGGUGUUUUGCUAAGGGCUGGUGGGCUGAUAAAACAAGGCAGCAUCCACCAUGACAGCCAUCAAGCAUGCUCUCCAGAGGGACAUCUUCACUCCCAACGACGAGCGUCUCCUCGGCAUCGUCAACGUCUGCAAGGCGGGGAAGAAGAAGAAGAACUGCUUCUUGUGUGCCACAGUCACCACGGAGAGGCCUGUCCAGGUGAAAGUGGUUAAAGUGAAGAAAUCCGACAAAGGAGACUUUUAUAAAAGACAGCUGACGUGGGAGCUCAGAGAUUUGACUGAAGUAGACGCCAAAGAUGCGAGCAAGGAGAAUCCUGAAUUCGAUCUUCACUUUGAGAAAGUGUACCGCUGGGUGGCCAGCAGCACAGCAGAGAAGAACUCCUUCAUCUCGUGUAUCUGGAAGCUGAACCAGAGAUACCUGAGGAAGAAGGUGGAGUUUGUGAAUGUCAGUUCUCAGCUGCUGGAAGAACUUCCUAAAGCGGAAGAGUCGGUGCCGAGUGGGGAGAGUCAGAGCGUUGCCGGGGGCGACGAGGACGCUCUGGACGACUACCAGGAACUGAGCACCAGAGAGGAGCAGGACAUCGAGGGCAUGAUGGAGGUGUGCGAGGACGCCAUCUCCAACGCCGAGGCCUUCGCAGAGCAGCUCAGCAGGGAGCUGCAGGUCCUGGACGGGGCCAACAUCCAGUCCAUCAUGGCAUCGGAGAAGCAGGUGAACAUCCUGAUGCAGCUGUUGGACGAGGCUCUGUCGGAGGUGGACACCAUUGAGGGGAAGCUGAGCAGCUACGAGGAGAUGCUGCAGAGCGUCAAGGAGCAGAUGGACCAGAUCUCCCAGAGCAACCGCCUGAUCCAGAUCAGCAACACCAACAACGGCAAACUGCUCGACGAGAUCCAGUUCUUAGUGAACUACAUGGACCUGUCAAAGGGACACAUCAGAGCGCUGCAGGAGGGAGACCUGAUGUCUCCUAAAGGAAUCGAGGCGUGCAUCAACGCCUCUGAAGCUCUGUCUCAGUGCAUGAAUGUCGCCCUCAGACCGGGUCACGAGAAACUGAUGGCUGUGACGCAGCAGCAGCUCCUGUUUGCAGAACUGAGAGACACAUUCGCCCGCCGCCUCACAAAUCACCUCAACAAUGUGUUUGUUCACCAGUUCAACCACUUCAGUCACUUCAAAAUGACCAUCCCUCAGUUCUAUAGGUCCUCCUGUCUGUCGCUUCCAGGCCACGAUCAGAGCUCCACCCUGUCGCAGCACACGGCCGAGCUGACCCUGCCCAAACACAGCCCCCUCCACAGAGACCUGCUGCGCUAUGCCAAGCUCAUGGAGUGGCUGAAGAACACACACAGGGAGAAGUACGAGGGUCUGUCCAGGACCUACGUUGACUACAUGAGCAGAUUAUACGAACGAGAAAUCAAAGACUUCUUUGAGGUCGCAAAGAUAAAGAUGGCGGGGACAACAAAGGAAGCCAAGGGCAAGUUUGCCACGCUUCCGCGGAAAGAGAGUGCACUCAAACAGGAAACAGAAAGCCUUCACGGCAGCUCUGGGAAGCUCACAGGCUCCACCUCGAGUCUGAACAAGCUGACCGUGCAGGGCGCCAACAGCCGGCGCUCCCAGUCCUCCUCGCUGCUCGACAUGGGCAACAUGUCCGCGUCUGACCUGGACGUGGCCGACAGGACCAAGUUUGACAAGAUAUUUGAGCAGGUCCUCAGCGAGCUGGAGCCGCUGUGUCUUGCAGAACAAGACUUCAUCAGCAAGUUUUUUAAGCUGCAGCAGCACCCGACAGUUACCCCGCCUCUCGCUCAGCCUGAAACAGAAGAAUUAGACGGAGGCACGCCAUCCAGAGUUGCCCCCCAGGCUGAACACAGACACUCUUUGUCAUCAGAGAAAGACCUGGUGCGGCUGAUGAUGAAUAAAAUCUUUCAGAGCAUCGAGACGGAGCUCAACAGUCUCAUCGCUCUGGGGGACAAAAUCGACAGCUUCAACUCUCUGUACAUGCUGGUGAAGAUGAGUCACCACGUGUGGACAGCGGAGAACGUCGACCCGGCCUCGUACCUCAGCACCACUCUGGGGAACGUGCUGGUCACUGUCAAGAGGAACUUUGACAAAUGCAUCUCCGGUCAGAUCAGGCAGAUGGAGGAAGUGAAGAUUUCUAAGAAAAGCAAAGUGGGUAUUCUGCUUUUUGUCACCAACUUCGAGGAGUUUGCUGAGCUUGCGGAAACGAUCUUCCGAAACGCCGAGCGCCGAGGGGACCUCGACAAAGCUUACGUCAAACUCAUCAGAGCCGUCUUUGUGAAUGUGGAGAAAGUAGCCAACGAAAGCCAGAAGACACCACGGGAUGUUGUGAUGAUGGAGAACUUCCACAAGAUCUUCUCCACACUGUCUCGUUUAAAGAUCUCCUGCCUGGAUUCAGAGAGACGAGAGGCCAAACACAAGUACACCGACCACCUGCAGUCCUACGUCAUCAACUCUCUGGGACAGCCUCUAGAAAAACUCAAUCAUUUCUUUGAAGGAGUCGAGGCUCGUGUAGCUCAGGGUGUUCGCGAGGAGGAAGUGAGCUACCAGCUGGCCUUUAACAAACAAGAGCUGCGAAAAGUCAUCAAAGAAUAUCCCGGAAAAGAGGUGAAGAAGGGCCUGGACAACCUGUACAAGAAGGUGGACAAACACCUGUGUGAAGAAGAAAGUCUGCUACAGGUGGUGUGGCACUCCAUGCAAGACGAGUUCAUCCGCCAGUACAAACACUUUGAAGACCUGAUCGGAAGGUGUUACCCUGGAUCAGGAAUCACCAUGGAGUUCACCAUCCAGGACAUGUUGGAGUAUUUCUCCAGCAUCGCUCAGUCUCAUUAGUCUAACUGCUCUGCACUUUGAGUAACUGAUGCCUCACACUGGCAGAAAAUACACUAGCUUCUCAAAAACUACUCUCUAAUGUAUCUUUGAUCCUGCACAUUUCCUGUGUGUGUGUAUUUUAAUGAAAGUGAUGCAGAUUUACCUGCAUCUUGUGUGUGCCUGUUCUCUUAAGAUUCAAACAUCUGCUCUGUAUUUUGUUUAUAUUUUUAUUUCUUUAUGCCAUAUAGUAUGUACAUAAUAAAUUCACAGUUGCUGACUCAUUCAAA